AGCUGAUAAGAAACUGUAGGAUAAAGGUGAGGUUUCAUAUAGACAUAUAGACAUACAGACAGACAGAAGAAGAACAGUUUAACUCAGUCCAACACAGUACAAAGAAUGAUGAAGUUCCUCGUAUUGGCUGUUGUUCUCAUGCUGGUCGUGACAGGCGGCUCAGCCCUGGACUGCCUGCACUGCGUCCCAGCAAAAGCAGGAGGGGCCUGCGAGAUCACCGCCGUAACCUGCCCACCAGACAAAGACGCAUGUGCUGCUGCCAAGUUCCGCAGAAGUCCAUACGGUCAUUACCAGAAGUGCAUGUCCAUGUCAGGCUGUGAGAUGGUGAAACAGAACGCUUACAUCAACAUCAAGUGCUGUCAGAAGGAUUUCUGCAACACCUUUGACUGAUCUGCCGCUGCCAUAAAUCAGCAUGACUCAUAAAACAGCUUUCAAUAACAUACAUUACACAUGAAUCAAGUUACACAUGCAUGUUUAUGAAUGU